CCACCGGGCCCGCCACACGGCCUCCCUCCCUCUCUCCCCUCCCUCCUCUCCCCCGCCCCCGCCGGUCCCCCUCCGCCCCGUCCCCAGCGCCGCCGCCGCUUCCACAAGAUGGCGGGGACCGUGGCCGAGCGGGACGCGCUGAAAAUAGAGGACGGACAUUUAAACAACUCCCUGGGAUCACCGGUGCAAGCUGAUGUAUACUUCCCUCGCCUGAUCGUCCCCUUCUGUGGGCACAUCAAAGGAGGAAUGAGGCCGGGAAAGAAGAUCUUAGUUAUGGGCAUAGUGGACCUCAACCCCGAGAGCUUUGGCAUCAGUCUGACUUGCGGGGAGUCGGAAGAUCCUCCUGCGGAUGUAGCUAUUGAACUGAAAGCCGUGUUUACAGACAGACAGUUUGUCAGAAAUUCUUGUGUAGCUGGAGAAUGGGGGGAAGAGCAAUCAUCUAUUCCUUACUUUCCAUUUAUACCGGACCAGCCUUUUAGGGUCGAGAUACUUUGCGAGCAUCCCCGUUUUAGAAUAUUUGUGGAUGGACAUCAGCUCUUUGAUUUUUACCACCGUAUUGAAACACUGUCAGCAAUUGAUACGAUAAAGAUAAAUGGAGAUCUUCAGCUCACAAAACUUGGCUGAACUUGUUAGGACUGCAGAUUCCAAACCGGCUCAGGUGCCAUCGUCCGUUUGGAGAAGUGACAGCUGGCUCUGGACACAGCUAUGGUAGGAAGGCUGCCCCGUUCCUUUUCCGCAUGCAGUUCUUCACUCCUGUGCCGAUGAACCGGGCUGUUGUUUAUCCUAAUGAAGAACACUGCUGGUUAAUAGACAUUGAGCCAUUUUUCUUGGAUCAAAAUAGCCCACCUGUGCUGGAUAAUCAAAUUGGAAUGGAUUCAGAAAGACUUGCAGUCUUGUUUCAAAUCUCACAGAAAGGCAAUUUCUGAAAUUCAGCGCUAAAACCAGUUACUGAACAGCAGUGACCACAAAAAAAGUUUUUUUCUUUUGCAAAUACUGUUUCUGCACUGAAGUGGAGUAGUGUAGCACAACACAGGGCCACAUGCUGAUGUCCUUACCUGGGGUCUGAGCCUGGUUCCAUGGAAAUCAGUGGCAAAGCUCCCACUCACUUUAACGGGGUACAAUCAAACUGUCUAGUCCUUAAUCAAGCACAAUUCCCACUGACUUCUGUGGGAUUUUUGCACACGCCUGGGGGCCAGCUUUUCUGCUGGUGUAAAUCAGCAUGACCUCCAUGGCUUGCAAUGGAAUUUUGCCGAUUGCUCCCAGCCGCUGAUUUGGCCCAAGGACUGUGCAAAAACUGAAUGAGGGUGUGAGGACACAGCCUGUAUAUUUUAGUCAGGGUAUUUGCAUAGAAUGUAGAUCAUUACGAGUUUUUGCACAAUGUAUUGUUAAUACAAUUUUUAAAGCUUAUCUGUAGUUUAUUUAUUUAUACUCAUUGUAUGUAUUAGUAAAAAUGAACAAUCUUACUGAUGGUUAAGAACAGCAAAGUGUAAACAUUUUGAAUGUACAAAAUGUCUUAGGUUCUUUGGGUAAACUUUAUGUAUCGUUCUUGAAAAUCAUGUUUCCUGUCGAACAUUUAGUUACAUUUUGAUGGAGCCCUCUAGGCCCUGGGAAAAUGGGGGCAUGGUAGUUGGUGCGGGUGGGGGGAACUCUCUGCAUAUUCACUAGAAACUGUUUUUCAGGGCUUACUAACUUUUCUGCACAGGACAGGUUUGAGUUAAAGUUGAUCCAUUUUGAAAACUUAAAUGGCAAAUUUGUGGGUUUAACUUGCUUUUAUGACCUGAGAAAAAGUUAAAUUUGGCAGUCUCUUUGUUCAGAAAGACAACCAACCUCUUUCCAGGGGAGAUGGGAGAUUUUUUGCACUUGUUUGAGAACAUAUUUGGCCUUUGAUAUGACAAUUAAAACUUGUCUAGACAGCGAAGUUAUUAAUGCUUGAAAAUCAGCUACUGCACAUGAAUAAUAACUUUUCAAGUAGCUUUUUAAAUAAUAGGUAUAGCUGUAUAAACACAGUCAUUGCGCUACACUAUAAAUGAACACAGCCACUUUUCUUGACUACUUUAGGACUAAAUACACUUUUUUCCUUGGCUGCUCACAGUAGACUAUACCAGGUCUUUCUGAGUAAUUAUAAUCAUGAUAUAAACAUAUAUUUAGGCAAUUUUGAAAAUAUGUAAUAUAGGGACUUUCUAAGACACAGACUACAAAAACAUUCUUUGUAGCACAGUAUUUAAAAAAAGGAGAGAGAAGAAUCUCACAAAUAGAACUAUGUUAAACCUGCAAUAAAGCUGUGGUUUAAAGCAACCAGAACUGGAAUAUCCAAAGUUAGGGGUAGAAUACUGGUUGCAAAGCCUCAUUUUGCACUAAUUUGGCCUGCAGUGAAGGAGCCUUAGACUGCAAGCUGAAAUUCCAACUGUGGCUCUAGUCCAAAGCCUGUUGAGGUCAAUCAGAGUCCUCUGAGCAUAGAAGCAUGGUUAUUAUUUCAUGCAAGUGCAAGUCUCUGUAAAGCCAGGGGGGUGUUGCUACUGCUGCAGACAAUUAAAGAAUUGGGCUGCCACCUAUAAAAUAAGAGUUAAAAAUGGAAUUUUUAGCCUUAACAUUGACAUUUCCUGACUUUUCCUCCUUUUUUCAAAUUAAGAGAGAACCUGUUGUUUUCCAGAUGAUCUUUUUAUCUGGUGUGUGGCUUUUAAGUUGUACAUCAGAUUCUAUUUGUACUCCAGGUUGAAUCUUGAUAUGAAAUGUUCCUAUCUUGCUCUGUUUUUACUCUUUUACAUGAUACAUGAUGACUGUCAUUUUCCAUUGUAUAAAGAAUGCUGACAGUGUUUCGGUACAAAAUAUAUUCUUAAAAAUCAUGAUGAUUAUGAUAAUAAAAAUCCAAGGGAAAGGUGCUUCUACAUGAGGUGUUUGGAUUUUUCUCCAGCUUGGAAAUGCUCUAUAGUUCCAAAGCAGAUGCAGGCAGAAGAUUAAUUCUGUUUGGAGAGAUAUUUAGCACUCUCCCUGCCUAGCGCUUUCUCCAACUAGAUAUGUAUAGCCAUGUUUGCUGAUGAGGUGCUGUUGCCUGAGGCUGUCCUGCUAGUCCAGAGGGCCAUAAAGUAGGGGGCUGGAGAGAAUAAGUAGCACCAUGACCCUACAGUAGCACAAAACCAAAACGAUCUCCCUGAGAGCAGAGAUUUCCCCUCCUGCCUUAACUGUAGCCCAGAAAAGGGGAUUUGGCUGACUUGAAUUUUCAGCCACCUGGGAUUCCUGGUAGUGGGAACAGGCUAGUGCAGCCCUCGGAUUUUUCCUAUCCUGCAGAGGCUUGGCACGGCACAGUGCCAAGGCCAGGGAUGCUGAGAUGAACUCAGUGCACUACCACGUCAGCGGCGUGUCUGUCAGGAGCAAGGGCGCAGCGAUACUGUCCUGUCUCUGGUCUUAUCUGCUGUGCUGGGCACUCUUGUUUCUUCCUGCUUUAGUAGUUUUCUGUCUCGGGAAAAUGCUUUUUUUGAGCCUUAAUCGGGUUUUACCUUUGCAUAACUCCACCAACCACAGCGCCCACCACCUGAUUCUGCUCUGUUGUGGUUUCUGAGCCAGGCUUUGAGGCAAGAAGGGCUGUGAAGCUGCUUCUGAUGGGUUGUGGUUUGGCUGAGAGCUCAGGAACGGGCAGAAAGUCACAGUUACGGCUUCCACAUCUGUUUGUCUAACACCAGUUUGGAAGCUUAUUUUUCUUUUGUUCGUGGGCAGUGGCUAUGGCAGGCAGGUGAAGGAAGGAUGAUGCCUAUGUAUCAAAGGGCUGUUGCAUGCAUUGGCUGACCACUUUCAGUAGCUACUGCUGAACACUGCAAUGUGCAGUGUAAAUCAGAGUAAAUUGAGGCCUUAAACUUUUCUGUUCAGUUGGACUUUGAGCCAAAUCCAAAUGUUUAAGGUGGGAGAAAGUGCUGCAAAAUUUAUAUCUGAAUUGUGUGGUCUCCACAGUUUAGGCAUUAUUCAGAUAUUCAGAUAUUUUAGAUAUAUACCCUACCAGACCUGAAAUAAGACUGUUUCCAAGUUGGGCCAGGUUUUCUAAAUGUUUUUCAGUCUGUGAGCUUCUUGGAAGCUGCACUUUUCAGGACUGAGUGUGUGAACCAACUUUUGAAACCUUAUGCUAGAAUAUAUUGGUUGAAUAUUUCUGUGGUUUCCUCUGAAGGAGGAAAUUAAUUCUGAAAUGAAAGAAGCCUUGAGUGGGUAAAACCCAUGUGUAGUAGAAUCCCUCAACUUAGCAUAGCUUUAUUUUUUCCAAAGAGGAAAAAAAAAAACAAGCCAAAACACCAUGACCAAAUUAUUUUGUUAUGUUUGGAAUUGGCUGUGAUAAAGCUGAUUAAAAAAAAAAAAAAAAAAAAAGGCGGCUAUUGCCUACUCAGAAAGAGCCUUGAAAUACUUCUAGUAUCAUGUGAGGUAGUCUGUGUCUAAACAUAUUUCGCAUAAACACGUUUUCACAGCCAAUUUAAAAAAAGUUACAAAAUACCUUCUUUUUGUGUCACAAUUAGAAAUGUUUGCCCCACCUUGAGAGAACAUUUUGUACUAAAUAUUCAGAUGUUGUCUAUGUGAACUUGCACUAAUAUAUAUUAUAUUCUCCCUCCCCUCCUUGACUAGCUUGAGAAGAAAUAGGCGUAAUAUUGCUAAACCGGUUGAAUGUGACAUCUGCUUGAGGCAUAGCAUCUUUCUCAAGGGCUGUUUUGAGUAAACAGCCUGAAAACCAAAAGGAGAGCCUGAUUCACCAUUCUGCUGUGCCAGCUUUCCAGCCCUGUCACUCUCCUGCUCUGAGGCUGAGACUGAAUCCUGAGAUUUUAAUGUAAGAGAGCAGCGCUGAGACUUUUAUUUUCUGGGACUUAAAACUCUUCUCUGGGGAGGAAACAAGAACAGAGUAGCCACAGCACUCUUGAGCUUGGUAGGAGGGUUGGGGUAGCACGACAUGCUGUAGUCCUAGCAGAGCAUGAGUUCAGAGGGAGGUAGUGGCUAUUUCAGGGCCAACCAAGAGCACAGGCUUUGGAGCUGUGUGACAGUUUCCCAGGGAUGGGCAUUUACCACAUCGUUAGCUUCUGUCUUCUGCAACCCCAUACCAGGGUCACAGCAAAAAAACAGCAUUGCUUGCAAGUUUGGAAGGCAAGAAUGGGUUCAUGUUCCUACUUGCCUUCUUUAAAAGAGGCUUCCAAAUAAAUAAUAGGAGAAUUUAGGAGUAGCCGUGCCACUAAGGAAUACACUACUUGAAUGUCUGGGGAAGUAUCUGAUGUGGGGCUCAUCUUGCCUCCCACCUAUGAGAAAUGGUCCCGACAGAAAUCUACAGCACUGCUUUCUGCACUGAGGCUGGUUAUAGUGUUUUUUUCCAUGCAGAAAACUGCAGAACCACAAUUCUGCUGAGCCAGUUAGUGGUGGCUCUAGGCAACCUCCCAGCACCCCUGGCAUUGAUAUGACAGUACAAGACUCAGGCUGAGGGCAGCCCUAAAUGCUCACUGUGAUAAGCACAGAAGUUAGGAAGAAAAGCUACACAAGUCUAGGAACAGUUAGUGACCCAUUGAGAUUUUUUGUAAUCAUGGGUAUUGUUCUGACUUUCUCAUGUGGAUCAGAAAGUGUACAGGUAAAAGUCACUUUGCAAUGAAUGGCGUGUGGAGUUAGAACCCAGACCAACCCAAAUGGGGAGAAAAAAUGAGCUGCAGACGCUUUAUCUGGCUUUGAUACACCCUCCCAGCUCCUCCCAGCAAUCACUGCUGUUAUGAACAUGCACAAUUACUACAAGUAGAUUCAGCAGCAUGUGCAAGAUCAAAAUAAUAAACUCAUACUUUGCCACAGGUCCUCCCUAGCUUCUGUUGCUAGGCCUCUCCAUCUGUCUGUCAACAAAUAACUAUAUCCUGCUGCUUUUAAAAUCCAUGGCAAAAAUCCCUUUGACUUUCAUGGAAAUAGGUCCAUAAGAGAAGGGGUAUUUCUAGCUCUCCCUCUCCAGUUAUUUUCAUCUGGGGCAUACUCUGAAAAUCUGUUCUUUCAUUCUCCUGAGUUUAUUUUUAAGUAUGAAUAGAGGACUAUUUCUGUCUGCUUUAUCCAUUUGAUAGAGUCAACAGAAAGCACAGCCUCUCUCUGCUGAAGUAACACUGAUGAAAUGUCUUAUUACGUUCUGAUGUUAUAAAGUGAGAGUGUGCAUGAAAUGACCUGGCAAUAACAGUAAUAUGUAUCAUUCACCACAGAUCUAUUUUUGUGUUGUGCCAAUUUAAUAAUGAACUUUUAAUAACAAUAAAACAUUAAAUUUUCA